AUGUCCCGACCUCUUGCUGUCGUCAACUACAUCCUGGGUGCUUGGGAUCUGGCCGUUAGUGGGGAUCUUUUACUUCAAGGCGUUAUCUUUGCCCAAACAGCACACUACUUUGCACUCUAUCAUUCCGAAGUGCUUGCCCUUCGGGCAUUUGUCCUCGGUCUUUUGCUUUUGACCACCCUCAAGUCGAUGCAAAUGAUUAGCAUUCUGUGGAUCCAGAACGUCACCCACUUCAGCGACAUUCGUGGUGCGAGCAUGAUGUUUACAACCAGCUGGCCUCAGCAAAUCAACAUGGCAUCCGGCGCAUUUAUCGCGUUCUACAUUCAAAUCUUCAUGUGCCAGCGUCUUUGGGCCCUCUCGAAUAACGUCUAUAUCAUCGUGGUUCUGAUGACCAUUUUCACGUUUUCAUUGAUCGCGGCAUUCAUAGCGGUCAGCUUGACGUUCAAUGACCAGCCAAUUGUGAGAUCGACAUGGAUCUCACUCCACUUCGGGGUUGUGUUUGGCGGUGAUCUCUUGCUAUGCGGCUCAACAGCCUACUUCCUCUUAAAACAUGCCCAAUAUGUCCUCCCAAGGACCGCUGGCCUGCUCAAUGCGAUUCUCAAAAUUACCAUCCAGAGCGCGGUGCCCGGCGCGGUCUGCGCCAUGGUCACCCUCAUUUCUUCCCAGAUCGGCGACAAAUCGAUUCCAGCACGCCCGUCGACAUUGGUUUCUAUCAUUUCCUCCAGCUUGCUACCCAAACUGUAUGCUCUUAGUGCGAUGUGGACGUUGAACUCACGGCGCGCCAUCCUACUCGCCCACUUGUCAGACCAGGACACGAGUAGUAACGAUAACGAUGGUCAGACUCGGAGCGGGGGAAGGAGGAUCAGUGGUGGACAUGGUGGUCUGGAGUUUAAGCAUUUGGGAAAGGUGCAACAUAUCCAAGUUCGCACACAGGUUCAAACAAUGCAUCACGCUGACGAAGACCGCGACCUGAAAUCACAGGGGAAUUGUGGGCAAUUCAGAGACGUGCUCGACGAAGAAUAG